AACAUGACAGUUGGUAUGAAAACUCAGUGCACCAACAGCAACAACAAACGGCAUUCUUUGUUUCGGUCACGGGCGUGAAUUGUAUCAUCGUUCUCCCUUGUGUGUCUAUCGUGUAGAAGGCACACGCGGAACCAUCUGCAAGGGAUGACUUCUUGUAGUGAUUUCUUUUUCAAAGGCAACUAGUAGUAGCUUGUCGUAGUUCGAAAGAUUAGUCCCUUCAGGUGUGUAGCCUUUACCGUCGUAAUUUCGUUUCAAGCUCCAGAUAGAUGGUUGUGCUGUAGCAACCCGUGCGUAAUCGUGCGUAUGUCAUGUGCGUCAGUGCGUGUGUGUAGUGUUGUUUUGUGGUGAUAGCAUUAGGAAUAUUCCUACGCCAACUGUUUUCCUCGUCCCGGGAUACGGUUGCUUUCUGUAAAAAUCUAGUAAUGUUAUCGUUAUGGUGAGCAGUGCUUACGUACAAGUUAGCAUAGCAGUUUACAGUGUUUUGUGCAGUGGUACGGAAUUGAAGCGAAUUUGCCCGCGCUUACAUGGGUGCCGUGCAGAUAAAUUUGUGGCCUGAUUUCUUCAACGUUAUCUGCAUUCGCUAUAGAGCUAGUGUCGUACGUUACCCUUCUAGUCCGUCUAUCAAGUAGAUUGAUCCUCAACGCGCCACGGAGGAAUAAGCAAAACGAGUCCGUGGCACCUACUCGUUCGUGUAACCGAUGGUUCGAAAUAAAUACACGCUAACCACUGCUGGCAAGUCGCCCAGCAAGAAAUCUCGCACCGGUAGCAUCAGCAAGCAACACGACGCCAGCGACGACGGCGAGACCGGCAAUCUGGACAGCGGAACGGCUAGCGGUGUUCCUGUAGGAGGCGGAACCGAUUCGAGCGCCAAACGAUGUGACGGCAGUUCGGUGCAUAAGCAAAACCUUUACAUCAUUUCGUUUCCCGUUAUCUUUGUGUUCAACGUUCUGCGUUCGCUUUUGUAUCAGUUGUUUAUCGUUUUUCGUUACGUUUACAACUUUACCACCAAAGUUGUGUACAAACCGGUGAAGAAGGAGUGCGGUCUGGAAAUCGUGAUAAAUACCGAUCACGGGCACCAUCAUCACCACCAUCAUCGUCAUAGUAGCCACAGCAUCCACAGCACAGCUUCGCAACAACAGCAGAUUCAGCAGCUUCAGCAGCAGCACCAGCAGCAGCAACAACAUCAGUAUAGCCUACUGCAGCAAGAACAACAGCACGGCGGGGUAGAUUCUCACCAGCAAGCAGCAGCACAUCCAUUGCAGUCGUCGCAGAGUGGCAUUUUGGUCCACAGUGAAGGUCGCGAAAUGUCAAUCCAGCGAUCGGCAAGCGGAAGUCAAGUUGGUCCCGGAGAUCCAUUGCUGGCUAAGCAGAAGCAUCAUCAUCGGCGUGCUUUUGAAUACAUCUCAAAGGCGCUUAAAAUUGAUGAAGACAACGAAGAUCAAAAAGAGCUGGCCAUCGAACUAUACCGGAAAGGCAUUCUGGAGCUGGAACGUGGCAUCGCCGUAGAAUGCUGGGGUGGACGUGGCGAAGUGUGGGAACGGGCACAGCGGCUGCACGAUAAAAUGCAAACCAACCUCUCAAUGGCACGCGACCGGUUGCAAUUCCUAGAACUUAUGUUGGAAGCCAAACGACUUGAGUUGACCGAAAGCACACAAAAUGAGCAAAAUCGUAAGCACCAUCAUUCCCCUGUACGGCGUCAGAACACGUUCACACUUGGUACGGAGGAUGACAGAUAUGACAGUACCGCACUCCAUAAUCCAUCCUACAGAUCCACCGCUCAUAGUGGAUCAUCGCCCGCGUCAACGUCGUCCUCGUCGUCCUCGCAAAACGUUACCGAACGCAAGGAGCAAACGUACGAGCGCAAAUUUAAACUGCCUAUGUUCAUACCCUCUAGCCUGAAUGUGGCUAGCAACCCGAAAAGCGCCACCGUGCGGGAAGGUCCUUAUCGGGACAUAAAAUCAAAGCCGCACAAUGCGGAGAACAAGAUCGUAUCGUUUAAUGAAAAUUGUGCCACUUUUCCACCAUCCUGCGCUACUACGACGGUACCGUCGAGAGGGACGCCAAGGACGACAGCGGCGACAUCGUCGACGGUUGCGCUUUCCCAUACAAUGACCACUAAACAUACCAACAUCGAAGCAUCCGGGCGGAAAUUAACCGUCGGCUACAAGCGUCCCGGCAAUCUGGGGGUGAUGAAUAAAUCACAAACUCUGCCACGUAGCAUGGGCGGGUCCCGUACCACCCCGACCGGUGGGGCUGUCGGUGGUAUUGCCUGUGGACUGGGGAAUGGAGCGACGUACGGUACCAGCACCGCGGGCGGUAGUGCAGGCAUGCCAAAAAUUGUGCCAAAACCGGCAGCUACGCCCCCUGCCAUUAGGCGCCAGUUUUCGAUACCUGGAAGUUCGCCAGUACGGAAGGCAAGCAACGGCUAUGGCAGCAAGAAUACGCCACCACCCCGCUCAAAGACUCCACUCGCCGGUCAGCCACAGCAACCUCAGCAGCAACCGCAAAUUUCCGUCAAGGGCGUUGAACCGAAGCUAGUACAAAUCAUCAUGGACGAAAUAGUGGAGGGCGGCGCUAAGGUGCAAUGGCAGGAUAUAGCCGGCCAGGAGGUGGCGAAACAGGCCCUGCAGGAGAUGGUUAUUCUGCCCUCGGUGCGACCCGAACUCUUCACCGGACUGCGUACGCCCGCCAAAGGGCUGUUACUGUUCGGACCGCCGGGCAAUGGGAAAACGCUACUUGCCCGAGCCGUCGCCACCGAGUGCUCCGCCACAUUUUUCAGCAUCUCAGCCGCGACACUAACGAGCAAGUACGUUGGCGAUGGUGAAAAGCUCGUUCGGGCACUGUUUGCCGUGGCGCGUGAACUACAGCCAUCGAUUAUCUUUAUCGACGAGGUCGAUUCGGUACUGUCGGAGCGUAGCAGCAACGAACAUGAGGCUACACGUCGGUUAAAGACCGAAUUUUUGGUACAGUUCGAUGGUCUGCCAGCCAACUCCGAGGCGGACAAAAUAGUCGUAAUGGCCGCGACCAAUCGUCCACAGGAGCUGGAUGAAGCGGCGCUUCGCCGAUUUCCGAAGCGCGUGUACGUUACCCUGCCCGAUCGUGACACCCGCGAGCUGUUGCUGAGACGAUUGCUGCAGAAGCAAGGCAGCCCGCUGAGUGAUGCCGAUUUAGCACAUUUGGCCCAGCUUACCGAUGGUUACUCGGGAUCAGAUUUAACGGCGCUGGCACGGGAUGCGGCACUGGAACCAAUUCGAGAACUGAACGUAGAGGAGGUUAAAAAUAUGGAUCCUACCAAGCUACGCAGCAUCCGGGAGAGUGAUUUUCACAACUCACUCAAACGCAUUCGACGUUCGGUCGCAUCGCAUAGUUUAGCUGCGUAUGAGAAAUGGUUACAGGACUUUGGUGACGUUACGUUGUAAAAUGCAGCACAAAAAACAGAUCACCUCACCCGCUACCAUCGCCGCAAAGUCGUGUGCACAAAUCGUUGCAGAUAUGUAUCCUGCGCAACUGCAUCGCUUAAGGCAAUCUGGAUAGAGAUAUUUUCAGAUGAGUGGCCAGGCGCAACCAACCGCAACAACGGCUUAUAAAUUGCUUUCUUCUACCAAACGACAACUACAGUCGUUCUUUUGUUUUGGGACACAUAAUUGAAGCGAACUUUGUUUCCUCUUAUUGUGUGCCACUAGUACGAAGCGUAGUUAAGUUCGAAUUGAAAGCCGGAUUUGUUGUUAUUGUUGUGUUCCGUUUGUUUGGUUGUGAAUAGUCGAAAUGAUAAGCGAAACUGCAAGACUAUUAGACAUAACGUGUGUGUAUUAUAUAAAAGCUAUUUUCGCUUUGUAAUAAUUUCGUUAUGAUGGAUCAUGUUGCUUGACGCAUAGUUUAGUUAUUCGAAUGUACAUUUCUGUCUAUAUAUAUGGUUAAGGAUAAACAUUACAUCCAACACAAAAAAACAUACUGGACAGUUGUUUUGCAGCAAAAAUCAGAAAUUAUUCAUUUGUGUGUUUUUGUUUGGAUUUGCGUUUAGGAUAAUAUAUCAACGAGUAGAGUACGUAUCAAUGAGAGAAUCCGGAGUGCUGAAUUUAUGUCGUAAGCUCUUACACAAUCAUAGUACUCGACAGCAGCGCAUAUGCCGUGUGGAAAUUCGGAAAAGCAACAAAUGAAUUGGUGUAGAAAAAGAACGUUCCCAACAACCUUUACUUAUCGCAUAACAGUAUGAUAUUGUCCACAGGAUUUCCUAGCUAAUGUAAAUGUGGAGAAGAAACUCUUUUGCUGUGGACACAACGAAAUGUAAAUCCAUAAACAAAGUUUCGUCAGCGUUUUAUUUUUGUUUAAUCAAGCAUGUGACCGCCGUGAACCACGACCUGCCCUUUUAGGGUGAGGUUUUAUCAGAAUCAGUGUGUAUUUUCGUUACCCUUUUAUAGUUACGAUUUUUUACGUUUUUUUGCUUACAUUGUAUGAGGUUUAAUGAUGAUAUGAAAUGUGCAUAAUUAGAAGACACAACUUAACGAGCUGCUAUGAAUUGAUUGGAUUUGCACGUAUUUGGAGGAGCAUUAAGAAAGGAAUUUAUUUUUGCGUUUCAAUACCUUCCUGCCAAGCAAUUUUGAAUGAUGUGAAAGUGUUUAAAUGGUUUUUUUUCUCUAUCUCACUUAUACAGAAUUGCCGUACUUCGUUUUAAUGUGAAACAGUUGCCUUGAAAUUCAACCGAAUCAGCCUAAAUGUUCGGUAAAAUCAAAAACAUAAUAAAUAACGAAACAAAAUCAAAUCAAUCAUCAUUCGCUUUUAAUAUGCCAUCACCAUGCUCAUGACAUCCAUUGCACCAAUAGCGGGAUAGCGAGGAUCAUUAAGUAGCAUCCACAUUCGACUGCUAGAGCUUCCGAAAGAUGCAGCAAACAUAGUCAUUACGCAGACAGAAUCAUCAUUAUAAAGCCCAUACAUAUACGCCAAAUCAAAUGCCUCAAGCAAUCACGUAAAAUUGUCGAUAUUAGCUACAGAUGAAGCAAGAAGCUCAAGAAUGUCUCAAACCAAAAGAACACAACUUUAGGGAAUCGAAUCUUAACGUAAAACAAUUAACACUCAUCUAUACACAUCUAUACAGCCAAGAAUUUGUACAAACACCAAGCUAAACAUUAAAACCAAAGCGCACGAUGGAGAAGCAUGGUAUGGCAAAAAAAUGCUUUCAAUUUUGAAUCGAUCGUUCUUCUCUCCCUUAGCUGGCGUUCAAGUCACUCUAAAUUAGGUUGCUAUUAGCAAAUAGGCAAGACUAUUGAUGGUUCUUUUUAUUUU